UCAUCCUUCCCCUCCUCCUCCUCCUCCCGUCCUCCUCCGACCCGGGAUGGCCGCCGCGUGCCUGCGCGUACUGGCCCUGGUGCCCGUGAUCGCGCAGGCAGCAGGGCCAUCUAUCCUCUCGGUCUUCGGACACAAGGUGCCCGACACCGACACCACCAUCUCGGCCAUCGUGUACGCCUGGGAGCUGGUCCAGCGCAACAUCCCCGCGAGGCCCUACGUGCUCGGAGAGCUCAAUCUCGGCUGCGCGCCGAGGGGGGAAGUGCGAGGAGCCCUUCUCAGAAGGCGGCGGCGCUUCUCACAAGCCCUCCAGCCUUCUGACAGGCCCUCUAGAGGCUCAGAAAGCCCCACAGAAGGCCAGAUGCAUUUUGAGCCUUCGCAUGAGGCCCUCCCCCUCUGCCUUCCACCUUGGCCGCGCCGCCGACAAUCCCGAGACAGCGUUCGUGCUCAAGAAGAUGCGCAUGCAGACGCCGCCGCUGCUGACGGAGCCGCUCGCGAAGAAGCAGGCGGUCGCGCUCGUGGACACGAACAACCCCGCUGAGCUGCCGGAGGGCAUCGAGACGGCAUCCAUUCAUUCCAUCGUUGACCACCACAAGCUCAGCGGCCUCGAGAGCGCAGAGCCCCUGGAGGUUGACAUGCGCCCGCUGUGCUCCGCGGGCAGCAUCCUGUACGCGCGGGCCAAGGCAGCUGGCCUGACCCCGCCCAAGCACAUCGCCGGCUUGAUGCUGGCGGGGCUGCUGUCCGAUUCCCUGGAGUUCCGGUCGCCCACCACCACCGAGACCGACAGGGUCUACGCGAAGGAGUUGGGCGAGCUCGCCGGCCUCGACGUGCACGAGUUCGCCGAGGGCAUGCUCGAGGCGAAGGCGCAGAUCGACCACCUCUCCCCGAGGGAGCUGGUCAUGAUGGACACGAAGGUGUUCAAGAUCGGCGGCCAGAAGCUGCGUGUCUCCGUCCUGGAGACAACGAAGCCCGCAAUGCCGCUGAAGAAGAAGGCCGAGAUGGUGGCGGCCCAGCUCGACCAGAUCAAGGAGGAAGCGCUGGACGACAUGCUCCUCUUCGUGGUGGACAUCCUCAGGGAGGAGGCAACGUUUGUGUCGUGCAGGCCGAGCGCGGCAAAGCUGGUCGAGAGGGCAUGGAAGACGACGCUCGCCAAGAACGGCACCGUUCUGCUUCCCGGCGUGCUCUCGCGCAAGAAGCAGAUGAUCCCCGCUUUGGAGGCUGCAGCGGCCUCCGAGCUGCAUGCGUAACGGGCGCUCCAGGCGAUCUUCCUCAGCUCGACCUGAGUGAGCGGCAUGUGCGGCGGCUGAGGAUGGGGCGCAGAGCGGAAGGAGGGCGGAGGGAGGGUGGGAGGGAGAGACUUGGUCUGGCACUUGCCGUUUCCCAGGCGCGAGCGGCUUGCCAAAAGUAGACCGCGCGCCCAUGGCGCUAUCCUGCCUCUCGCAGUCCAGAGCCCCCGUCCUCUUACAACGAUGGAGGGAGCCAGGGGAGGGAACGG